AUGGAGGACGCAAUAGCUGGCGGCGGCGGCGGCUCCAACGGUCGCUUGCUCAGCCGUCAGACCAGCGACACCGACUUGCGCUCCAAGGGCGCUCUCACCUCGUCCGAUAUGUCGCCAUCCUCCUCCUCGGCGCGCUUCAAUGGCCACUAUGACACCUCGCGUCUCAAGGCUUACUUUCGCUCGCUCCUCCCUAUUCUCCUCGACUCCGAGCCCGAGCUCGUAUCCGAGCUUCUUCUCGAUACACCAGCAUGGAACGAGACAGCAGCUGCAUUCGUCGGCGAUCCCAGCAUCAUGACCGCCUACGUCAACAAGAUCCGGCGUCAGGAUGUCUCGUCCGAUGCACCCGAACACGAACUGUUCGACUAUCAGAUGUCGACGCAGGCGUCUUAUUCUUCUCUUCACGUCUCGAGCAUCGCUCUCAUUAAGCGAGUCUCCAUCCUCGAGCCUACCGUCCCUCUGCCACAUCAGCUUCAUGUUCUCACCCUCUUCGGUCCAGCUGCUGCUGCUGCCGCCGCGGCUGCCGCUGCGACAUCCACAGCGACAGAAGCGCAACCUGUCACCACAAGCUCUGCCAACGCCGACGAUGGCGAGGGCUCGACUGCUGCUUCAGCCGUCCGCGAGAGCCCCUACGAGGCACUCCACAGCGUCGUCCACAACGUCAUGUCGCCCUGGUUCGACGCUUUCGUAGCGAGCAAAGCACCCAAGGACAAGGCAUUAGUAUCCGGUGCAAAGACAAAGGAAAGCGAUACCAAGAUGGGCAUCCCCAUGGCAAAGCGCAAGUUUGCCGAGCUCGAACUCAGUCUCUUUCAUCUGCAGCAGAACGUCGACAUUCCCGAUAUCAUCCUCUCUAUCCACCCUGUUGUGCGUGCCGCCGUGGAACGAUGCCAUGCCGCUGGCACACGCGUCAGCGUCGAAGCCGUCGAGCCAGCGUGGCUCCUGCAGGACUCUUCCUUCCUCAACAAGCUCCAGUCCGACGUCAACUCGUGGGUCAAAGAGGUCCAGACCAUCACCAAGCUCGACCGCAGCGUCGCUUCCGGCACCGCUUCGCAGGAAAUCAACUUCUGGCUCUCCAUGGAGAAGGCGCAAGAGUCGAUCGAGCAGCAGCUUCGCUCGGAUCCCAUCGUGCUCACCCUCGACAUCCUCAAACAUGCCAAGCGUUUCCACGCCACCGUCUCCUUCCUCGCCGACACGGGUCUUAAGGACUGUGCCGAAAAGACCCACAACUACAACCUGCUCAUGAAGGACUUCCCCAUCAACGAGCUGCUCUCCGCCACAGAUCUCGACAAGUGCGCAGAUGCGCUCAGCGCCAUCUUCAACCAUCUCAACAAGAAGCUCCGCAUCAGUCCCUACCCGGUCAAACGUGCGCUUCCCCUCGUCGAAGCCAUCAGCAGAGACCUCAACGAUACACUGCUUAAGGUCUUGGCGUCGCAGCGGAUCAUGUGGCAAGAGUUCCCGCGCUUCUGGGAGACCGUCUCGGCGGCGGCCGAGGUGUUCCAAGUCUGGGACGAGCUCAUGAAGGACUUUGUCAACAUCGCCAGAGAAGUGACACGCAAGCGGUCGGAAAAGUUUUUGCCGAUCAAGAUCAACCCGGCUCAUGCCAAGCUGCGCGAACGACUCAACUACAUCGGCGCUUUCCGCAAGACGCACGAGCAGCUGCGCGCCAUGGUCAGCUCCGGCAAGGGGCUCACCAUGCCUGGUGCGGUCAGUGCAGGCACCGUUGCCUCGGCCAACGAUAGGCAGGUGGCUACACAGAACCUUGCCGGAAUCGAGAUGAGCGAAGAAAUCCGUGCUGCCUAUGAUCAGGUCAAAGUCAUCGACGUGCUCGACGUCUCGCAGGAAGGGACCGAGAUCUGGACUACAGCCGAAGGCGCCUACAACGAGCGCGUGGCGCGGGUCGAGAACAGCCUCAUCGCACGUCUGCGUGACUUGCUCGGCCAGGCCAAGUCCGCCCGAGAGAUGCUCCGCGUUCUGUCACAGUUCAACAGCCUCUUUGUGCGUCCCAAGGUGCGAGGCGCCGUGCAAGAGUAUCAACAGCAGCUUCUCAACAGCGUCAAGUCCGACAUCAAGGCACUUCACGAUAAGUUCAAGGCACAAUAUCGCCCUUCCGAGGCCAACCACAUGAGCCAACUGCGCGACGUGCCCGAGAUCGCCGGUGCCAUCAUCUGGGCGCGCCAGAUCGAGCGUCAACUCAACGUCUACAUGAAGCGCGUCGAGGAUGUGCUCGGAAAGGGCUGGGAGCUGUAUGCCGAGGGCCAGAAGCUGCAGAGUGAGAGCGAGACCUUCCGUCGCAAGCUCGACACCCGACCGCUCUUCGACAGCUGGCUGCACGACAUCAACCGCAGAGACAUGAGCAUCACCGGCCGCGUCUUUGAUGUUACCAAGAACCGCGCAGCAGGCAAUGCGUUCCAGCUCAGCGUCAACUUCGACGGCCACACCAUCUCGCUCUUCAAAGAGGUCCGCAACCUCAUCUGGCUCAACUUCCAGAUCCCGCACGCCAUCACCAACCUGGCGAAAGACGCCAAGAAAGUCUACCCCCACGCCGUGUCGCUCAUGGAAACGGUGCGUACGUAUAAUCAGACGUGCGGCUUGGUGCGCGCCAACCCGGAGAUCACCUGCCUCAUCGCGCAGGUUUACACCGAUGCGCACCAGCUCGUUUCGCAGGGCAUGACAUUGCGUUGGGAACACUUUGCCAACAUCUACGAAAGCGCACGUGCGGCGUCGUACCUUCCUGGCUCGGGCGGCGAGACGGGCCGAGAGAACCGUCAGGUCGCCUUUGUUCGCCAGUUCGCCAGCGUCGUCAGCCUGUUCCAGGACAAGACGGCCGAUCUCAUCGAGAUUCAACGUGACAUGCACUCCACCAUCGAGGAGCUCGGCAAGUGCGAGUAUCGAAGCGAAGCAUUUGCCGAGCGACUGCAGAAGAUCCAAAAGACCAUCGACAAGCUCAACCUCGAAGGCUACCCCAACUUGGACGAGUGGGUCGGCAACCUUGACCGUCUCAUCGAGGACGUGCUUCUGCGCAGGCUCAAGUCUGUCAGCGUUGCAUGGUGCCAAGCUUUCGUGCGCCACGGUAUGAGCCAAGGCGGGACCAAAUCUGGCUCAGUGCGCGGAAACAAAGCUCUUGCUAAUGGUGCCAAUGGCGCUGGAGCGGGCGGCAUAGACGGCGAAGCGGGAGCGGCUUCCGACAAGAUCGUCCUGCAACCCAUCACGCAUGAGGUUCGCAUCCAGAACCAGGUCAUCUUCCUCGACCCACCUCUCGAGAACGCACGAGCGUCAUGGUUCCGACAGCUUCACGAGGCGUUGUCCGUCGUCUGCUGUCUCACAAGGAUCCAAAGCUCGCGCUACGAGAUCGGCCUCCAGAUGCGCGGCAAGCAACGCGCUACGGAGCAGGACUACACCUCGCUGCUCACCCGCUUCCAGGACGACUCGCUCACCAGGCCCUUCGUGCUCAUCGAGGCCAAGCUGGCAGAGGUCGGCAGCUACGUGUCCAAGUGGCUUCAGUUCCAGUCGCUGUGGGACCUUGAGACCGAGCACGUCUUUGCACGUCUCGGCGACUCGCUGGCCAGCUGGCAGCAGCUGCUCGCUGAAAUUCGUCGCACCCGCGCCACCUUCGACAACUCGGACUCGCAGCGAUCGUUUGGCAUCUGCGUCAUCGACUAUGACCAGGUCCAGAGCAAGGUCAACGCCAAGUACGAUGCCUGGCAGCGCGACAUUCUCAAUCGCUUUGGCACCAAGCUUGGCGCGGCCAUGCAGGAGGUGCACGCCGCCGUCGCCAAGGCACGCGUCGAGCUCGAACAGCACAGCAUCGAAGGUAGCUCCACCGCUCAGGCCGUCACCUUCAUCACCUUCGUCCAGGAUCUCAAGCGCAAGACCAAGGCGUGGCAGCCCCAGAUCGAGCUCUUCGGCACAGGUCAAAAGACGCUCGAGCGACAGCGUUACAUGUUCCCUCAGGACUGGCUGUAUGUCGAUCAAGUCGAAGGAGAGUGGAGCGCUUUCCAGGAGAUCCUCGGCCGCAAGAACGCCAGCAUCCAGGAUCAACUCGCUGGUCUACAGAUGAAGAUCAUCGCCGAGGACAAGAUCGUCAGCGACAAGAUGACCACCAUCAUCAGCGAGUGGGAGCAGCAGAAGCCCAUCCAAGGUACGCUCAAGGCAGACGGCGCCAUGAAUACCAUCAACGUCUUCGAGACGCGUGUCUCCAAGCUUGCCGAGGAUCGUGCGCUCGUGGUGCGCGCAAAGGAAGCGCUCGACCUCGAGCAUACGCAGGAUGACCGCCUCGAACCUGUCUUUGAGGAGCUGCGCGAUCUCAAGACUGUCUGGACUGCGCUGUCCGGCACAUGGAGUCAGCUCGCCGAGAUUCGCGACACAAUCUGGAGCAACGUGCAGCCGCGAAAGCUUCGACAGCAGCUCGAUGGUCUGCUGGCGCAGACACGCGACAUGCCCAGCCGCAUGCGUCAGUAUGCUGCGUUCGAGUAUGUCCAGGAGCACGUGCGGGCCUUGCUCAAGAGCAACCCGGUCAUCUCCGACCUCAAAUCCGAGGCGAUGCGCGAGCGUCACUGGCGUUCGCUUUUCAAGCAGCUCAAGGUGCAGGAUCACUAUUCGGCCAGCAGCAUGACGCUCGGCACCGUGUGGGAUCUCGAUCUCAAGAGGCACGACGUCAUCAUCAAAGCUGUCGUUGCUCAAGCACAGGGAGAGCUGGCGCUCGAAGAGUACCUCAAGCAAGUGCGCGAGGCGUGGACCAACUACACGCUCGACCUCGUCAAUUACCAGAACAAGUGCCGGCUCAUCCGUGGCUGGGACAACCUCUUCCAGCUGGCCGGUGACAACCUCAACGCGCUGCGAGCCAUGUCGAUGAGCCCACACUACAAGGUGUUUGAAGAAGAGGCGUCGCUGUGGGAAGACAGACUGUCCAAGAUCUCGGUGCUGUUCGACACCUGGAUCGAUGUCCAGCGUCAGUGGGUUUACUUGGAAGGCAUCUUCAGCGGCAGCGCAGAGAUUCGUCACAUCCUGCCGGUCGAGAGCUCGCGCUUCCAGAACAUCAACACCGAGUUCCUCACGGUAAUGAAGAAGGUGUACAAGUCACCCUUCGUGCUCGACGUGCUCAACAUUCCCGGCGUCCAGAAGAGCUUGGAGCGUCUCGCCGACCUGCUCAGCAAGAUUCAAAAGGCGCUUGGCGAGUACCUCGAACGCGAACGUGCCAACUUCCCACGCUUCUACUUUGUCGGUGACGAAGACUUGCUGGAGAUCAUUGGCAACUCCAAGGACACGGCACGCAUCCUCAAGCAUCUCAAGAAGAUGUUCGCAGGUAUCGCGACGGUCGAGCUCGAUGAGGGCACAGGCAUGCUGACCGCCAUGGUCAGCCGCGAGGGCGAGUCGGUGCCCUUCCGCACGCCCAUCCUGCUCAAGGACUACCCGAAGAUCAACGAUUGGCUGGCCAAGGUGGAGAGUGAGAUGCGCGUCUCCCUCGCCGAGCUGCUGUCGGAAGCUGCAGCCGAGCUCGAGUCGUUCUACGUCAGCACCGACUCGCUGACCCUCGAGAACUUCCUCGCAUGGAUCGCCAAGUAUCCAGCACAGCUCGUUGUUCUUGCCGUGCAAGCGAGGUGGACAGCGAUGGUCGAUGAAGCGUUCGAGAGCGGCGCCGGGCUGCAGCAUCCUCUCGAUGUGGUGCUGCGUGGACUCGACUUGCUCGCAGACACGGUGCUGACUGAUGUCGAGGCGCUGCAGCGACGCAAGUGCGAGCAUCUCAUCACUGAGCUCGUUCACCAGAGAGACGUCAUUCGCCUGCUGAUGUCGCAGCGUGUCGAGAGUGCUCGCGACUUCAACUGGCUCUCGCAGAUGCGCUUCUACCUGAACCGCCAGAUCGAAAAGCCGCUGGACCGACUCACUGUCCAGAUGGCCAAUGCCACCUUCCCUUACGGCUACGAGUAUCUCGGCGUCCCUGACCGUCUCGUUCAGACGCCGCUGACCGACCGCUGCUACUUGACGCUGACACAAGCGCUCCACUACAAGCUCGGCGGUGCUCCCUUCGGUCCCGCCGGAACGGGCAAGACCGAGUCGGUGAAAGCGCUCGGAGUGCAGCUCGGCAUGUUCGUCAUCGUCUUUUGCUGUGAUGAGACGUUCGACUUCCAGGCUAUGGGGCGCAUCUUUGUCGGUCUCUGCCGAGUGGGAGCGUGGGGCUGUUUCGACGAGUUCAACCGACUCGAGGAGCGCAUCUUGUCUGCUGUCUCACAACAGAUCCAGAGUAUCCAGCAAGGCUUGGCCGACUCGAGCGGCAACGCUACGAGCAACGAGAUCGAGCUGCUUGGCAAGCGUGUCCCCCUCAACGACCGCGUGGGCAUCUUCAUCACCACUAACCCUACGUACGCCGGUCGAUCCAACCUGCCCGACAACCUGAAGAAGCUCUUCCGCAACAUGGCCAUGACGCAUCCGGACCGCGAACUCAUCGCCCAAGUGAUGCUGUUCUCGCAAGGCUUCCGAACGGCCGAGAGGCUCGCUUCCAAGAUUGUCCCCUUCUUCAACCUGUGUCUUGAGCAGCUCAGCCCGCAGCCGCACUACGACUUUGGGCUACGUGCGCUCAAGGCGGUGCUCGUCAGCGCCGGCUCGCUCAAGCGAGAGCAUAUGCUUCGCGGCGAUGACGACGCUGCAAACGCUGGCAGCGUGGUGUCGGUCGACGUGUCGGAGCAGGAGAUCUUGAUCCAGAGUGUUUCCGAGACGAUCGUGCCCAAGCUCAUCGCCGAAGACGUUCCGCUGCUCAAAAGCUUGCUAUCCGACGUCUUCCCCGGUGUGGAAUACAAGCCGGUCAACCUCGAUGUGCUGCGUGGCCACAUCGCUGCCGUCUGCGCCGAGCGACAUCUGGUGGAAGGUGGCCUCUGGACCGAGAAGGUGCUGCAGCUGUACCAGAUCCAAAAGAUCUCGCACGGUCUCAUGCUCGUCGGUCCAUCGGGCACAGGCAAGACGCAAGCCUGGCAGGUGCUUUUGGCCGCCCUCGAGCGGCUGGAAGGUCAAGAGGGCGUUUCGUACGUCAUCGACCCCAAAGCGGUCUCGAAGGAGAGUCUCUACGGCACGCUUGACCCUACCACGCGAGAGUGGAACGACGGUCUCUUCACCCAGGUGCUGCGCAAGAUCAUCGACAACGUCCGUGGCGAGAGUGCCAAGCGGCACUGGAUCGUCUUCGACGGUGACGUAGAUCCUGAAUGGGUCGAGAACCUCAACUCGGUGCUGGACGACAACAAGCUGCUCACCUUGCCCAACGGUGAGCGUCUCAACUUGCCGCCCAACGUGCGCAUCAUGUUCGAGGUUGAGUCGCUGCGAUAUGCGACGCUGGCGACGGUGUCGCGUUGCGGUAUGAUCUGGUUCAGCGACGACAUUGUGCGCCCUUCGAUGCUGUACGCUAGGUACCUGACGGGUUUGCGCUCGACACCGAUCGAGCUGGACGACGACGAGCUGGUUGGUGCGAUCACUUCGCGCAGGGUCGCUGCGGCCUCUUCCGCGGCGGCAGACGGCACAGGCGAGGUCAGUGCCGACCUGCUGGUCCAGCGAGCCGUGGCCGACGCCCUGGCGCCCUUCUUCGAAGACGAUGGCCUGGUCAAUGGCGCCCUCGAAUUUGCAAGGACCGUGCCGCACAUCAUGGACUUCACUGAAGCGCGUGCGUUGUCGACCCUCUUCUCGCUGCUCAACAAGACCAUCCGCAACAUCCUCGACUACAACACGCAGCAUCCCGAUUUCCCGCUCAACCCAGACCAGAUCGAAACCUACGCGACGCGCCGACUCCUCAUCGCGCUCGUCUGGGCCUUCACGGGAGAUGCCAAGCUCGACGUUCGCGCCGAGAUGGGCGAGUACCUGCGCAGUCACACGGGCGUCGACCUGCCCUCUCUCGGCCCAGGCUCAUCGCUCAUCGACUACGACGUCACCUUCUCCGGUCAAACGGUCGAGUGGUCCUCGUGGCUCUCCAAGGUGCCCACGAUCGAGAUUGACACCGCUGCCGUCUCGUCCGCCGAUGUCGUGGUGCCUACCAUCGAUACGGUGCGUCACGAGGACGUGCUCUACUCGUGGCUCUCCGAACACAAGCCGCUGAUGCUCUGCGGUCCCCCCGGAUCCGGCAAGACGAUGACGCUCUUCUCAGCCCUCCGCAAGCUGCCAGACAUGGAAGUGGUCGGUCUCAACUUCUCGUCCGCGACUACCCCCGAACUCAUCCUGAAGACCUUCGAGCAGUACUGCGAGUAUCGCAAGACACCGUCGGGCAUCGUUCUCUCCCCGACCCAGAUCGGACGAUGGCUGGUCCUCUUCUGCGACGAGAUCAACCUUCCCGCAACGGACAAGUACGGCACGCAGCGCGUCAUCUCGUUCCUCCGCCAGCUGGUCGAAUGUGGUGGCUUCUGGCGGAUCAGCGACAAAUCCUGGGUCCGGCUCGAGCGAAUUCAAUUCGUCGGCGCAUGCAACCCACCUACAGACCCAGGCCGCGUCGCCCUCUCGCAUCGCUUCCUCCGCCACGCCCCGCUCAUCAUGGUCGACUACCCCGGCGAGAUCUCGCUCAACCAGAUCUACUCGACCUUCAACCGCGCCCUGCUCAAGGUGACGCCCAACCUCCGCGGCUACGCAGAACCGUUGACGGCGGCGAUGGUCGAUUUCUACCUCGCGAGCCAGCGGAGGUUUACGCCAGAUAUUCAGGCGCAUUACAUCUACAGUCCGCGCGAGCUGACGCGUUGGAUGCGGGGGGUGUACGAGGCGAUCAAGCCGCUGGAGAGUCUGAGUGUCGAAGGGCUGGUGAGGGUGUGGGCGCAUGAAGGACUGCGGUUGUUUGCGGACCGACUGGUGGAUGGGGAGGAGAAGAGGUGGACGGAUGGGAUGAUCGAUGAGGUGGCGGCGAGACGGUUCCCCACCAUCGACACGGGUGUUGCACUUGCGAGACCGAUCUUGUUCUCCAACUGGUUGAGCAAGGAGUAUCGGAGUGUGGAUCGGGAGAGUGUGCGGGAGUAUGCAAAAGCCCGACUGCGCGGAUACUCGGACGAAGAGCUGGACGCCUCCCUCGUGUUGCACGAUAGCGUUCUCGAUCUAGCCCUCUCCUGCGACCGAGUGCUGCGUCAGCCUGCGGGUCACCUGCUCCUCAUCGGCGCCUCGGGGUCGGGUCGAACCACAGUCACCCGCUUCUGCGCCUGGUUGCGCGGUCUCUCCCUCUUCUCCAUCUCCACCUCCAACCGCUACACCGAGGAGAACUUCGAUGACGAUCUCCGCUCCCUGCUCCGUCGGGUGGGCACCAAAGGCGAAAAAGUCUGUUGGACAAUUGACGAGAGUCAAAUGUCCAACGCGGCACGGUUGGAGAAGCUCAACACCCUCUUGGCCAACGCAGAGGUCGCGGGCCUGUUCGAGGGCGACGAACACGCGUCUCUCAUCAGCCAGUUGAAGGAGGCCAGUCAGAGGGAAGGAUUGAUGUUGGAUGCGGAGGAAGAGUUGUUCGGGUUCUUUAGAGCCGAGAUCACGAGGAAUUUGCAUGUUACGCUCACGAUGAAUCCCCCCGAGGGCGGCACGGGGGGCAAGGCGGCGGCCAGUCCGGCAUUGUUCAAUAGGACAAGCAUCAUGUUCUGCUGGUAG